AGGGCCGCCGCCCCGGGAGCGCGCGGCCGCCUCGGGAGCGCGCCCGGCCCGAGGAUGCGCCAGGCGGGACAACCCCGGUGGCCCGGCCGGGCACAGGGUGUUCCCGCUGCUGCUGUCCCCGCACGGUCCUCGCUGCCACCUUCGGCCUCGGGCGGCACCUGUGGGAAGAGCCGUGCCUGGAGCGGGGCCUUGGCUGCCGUGCUGCGGAGCAGGAAGGACAGAGUGCUGUGCCGGGCUUGUCUCCAGGAGCUGUGGAUGGAACCCCAAGCUGAGGAGCCAAACCUUUUACUGAAGGCCUGUGUGUAGACCCUGAUGCUUGAAUGAAUGAAUGAAGAAUGAAAAUGCUCCCUGGAGUGGGUGUGUUUGGAACUGGUAGUGCUGCCCGGGUCCUGGUGCCCCUGCUGAGGGCAGAAGGCUUCUCCAUUGAAGCUCUCUGGGGCAAGACUGAGGAGGAGGCCAAGCAGCUGGCAGAGGAAAUGAACAUCUCCUUCUACACGAGCCGCACCGACGACGUCCUGCUGCACCAGGACGUGGAUUUGGUCUGCAUCAACAUCCCUCCACCCCUGACUCGGCAGAUUGCUGUCAAGGCUCUAGGAAUAGGGAAGAACGUGCUGUGUGAGAAAGCUGCUACCUCUGUGGAUGCCUUCAGGAUGGUGACAGCUGCCAGGUACUACCCCAAGCUGAUGAGCAUCGUUGGCAACGUGCUGCGGUUCCUGCCCGCCUUCGUGAAGAUGAAGCAGCUGAUAGAGGAGCACUACGUGGGCAACGUCAUCGUCUGCGACGCGCGGGUCUACGGGGGCAGCCUGCUCAGCCCCCAGUACAACUGGAUCUGUGACGAGCUCAUGGGAGGGGGCGGCCUGCACACCAUGGGCACCUACAUCAUCGACCUGCUGAGCCACCUGACCAGCAGGAGGGCUGAGAAGGUGCACGGGUUGCUCAAGACGUUUGUGAAGCAGAACACGGCCAUCAGCGGCAUCCGCCACGUCACCAGCGACGACUUCUGCGUUUUCCAGAUGCUCAUGAGCGACGGCGUCUGCUGCACUGUGACUCUCAACUUCAACAUGCCCGGCUCCUUCAGCCACGAGGUCAUGGUCGUGGGCUCUGCCGGCCGCCUCAUAGCGCGGGGCACAGACCUGUACGGGCAGAAGAACUCUGCUCUCCAGGAGGAGCUGCUCUUCACAGACUCCCUGCCUGUCAACAAGGGCCUUCUGGAGAAGGGCUUCAAGGACAUCCCUCUGCUCUACCUGAAAGGAAUGGUGUACAUGGUGCAAGCCCUGAGGCAGUCUUUCCAAGAGCAGGAAGACCGUCGGACGUGGGAUCAUAAACCUGUGGCUAUGGCAGCCUCUUUUGAGGAUGGCCUGUACAUGCAGAGUGUGGUAGAGGCCAUCAAGAAAUCCAGUAGGUCAGGUGAGUGGGAGACUGUGGAGGUGAUGACUGAGGAACCAGAUGCCAACCAAAACCUCUGUGAGGCGCUUCAAAGAAAUAACUUAUGAACAUUCCUACCUUGGAAAAUACUACUUCUGGCUGUAAUGUAAAAAAACACGGUUUUUAAGAUAUGUAGAUUCUUAUUUAAUAGCCUGAGUUUCUUGUUUUUUUUUUAAACAUGUAAAAUAUGUUCUCAUAGGAACAGUUCUGGUUUAAAUUGUUUGAAGAGUUUUAAAUGUUUCUGUUUUUUGCAAACAUUUAAUUUUUGUCUUGGAGACUGGUAGGAAAACUUGAAUUGCCCUUUGCACUUGCAGUAGCUUAAGUGAAUUGUGGGAUCUCUGCCAUUGCGUGGCUUGGAAAUGAGACACAACCCCUGUUGCACAGGUUGCUGAUUUAACCAUGAGAGCACAUAGAGCAAGAUCAGGGAGUAUCUGUUGUUCAGAUGCCUUUUUCCUGUCUCUUGGAGACUGAUUUAUGUUUUAAUCCUCAGUUUGUAAAAUUUUAGAAAAGAGUUCAGUGAUGUAACAAGUCUCUGAACUCCUAUAGGACAAAAAGUAGAAGGAAUGGAUUAAAGUUAGCAACAUACAGAUCAGCCUUUUGGCUUCCUGUAUGUGGUGAAUGUCUUUCAAAUUCAUUCAAACUGAUGUUUUAUUUAAAUGAUACUAUAAUUCUUUGUUGUUGGUGUCUUGGCAGGAAAAUAUUCAGGAAGUCUGUGAUGCAUUUGAGCUAUUCUUCCAUAUCUGUAGACAUUAUUCCUUCUACUCAAGAGGCUGCCUGCAUCCAGCAGCUGUUUUUCCAUAAGCUCAGUGCUUAUGUCAGUUGUGUUUACUGCCUGGCAGCACCAGUGCCGUGCCUGUGGGGCCACGUUCUCAUUGCUGUGACUGUUACUAAAUAAAUGCCUCCCUGGGUCAUGGGACUGCCACAGUGUCCUGGUAACAAAGUUGUACAGCAUGAACCUUUCAGGGCCCUGAAAGUGGAAGGAAGGAGGUAUUUCCUACCUCUUGCAGCUCUCUUCAUGUGCUGGCUGGGUAACUGUCACACUACACACAUGCUGAUAGUUGAGAGAACAGGGACUGAACUGCCAUGGGUAAAAGUGCUCUGGAUCUCAAACACUGGCUGUUAACCCUCUGGGCCAGAACAUCUACCCUCCCUCCUGCAGCUGGUGUCCAGUGGAGAGAUUUGUUGGCAGAUGAUGGGUGGAAGUUCAUUCCUUUUGAGAAAUGUUUCUCUCUGAGGCAGGUAUGUGGAAAGGAUAGUCUAAUUUUACUACAUUUGUUUUGUGUACUUGAAAGCUUUUUUUUUUAAACGUAUUUCCCACUAAAUUGUAACCCUGUGUAUUUAUGUAUAUUAACAUGCACGCUGCUGUUCCAUAAGCUGGACCUUCCUGAAAAGUAUCAUGUUUUCUACAGAAAAUAAAAAGUUGUGUUUGUUGAGGGAAUUAUCUA